AUGUCCGUUUCAGCCGCUACGCCCGGCCGUCUUGAGCAGGAUGGGGAUUAUAUUCCUCGCGGGACUGUCACUACAACCGCCGAUUUCUAUAUUCCUCCUGCCGAUGGCUCCCUAGCUUUCUAUUACUAUAAAGAGACGCCUCCAGGUGUUCCAAAAACCAAUUUCACCUGGCGGUCCCAUCCCAUAACCGUUGAGGAUAUCCGUGGGCGCGAGGACCAGUUCACAUUGGAUAACAACGCUUUCCAGGCUAUCAAGAACGUUCCUCUUCUGAAAACUGAUCCGUCGUUCACUGAUGAAAAGAACAUCAAGGAAUACUACUAUCCUGAAGUAGAAGCCCUCAUCUUUCGGCACGUUCCGGGUGCAAAACGCAUUUUCAUCUUCAACCACACCGUCCGCCGCAACACCCCCAACGCCUACAGGGCGCCUCUUAACAGUGUCCACUUCGAUCAGACCGACCUUGGGGCUGAAAACCGAGUCAGGAAUCAUUUACCUGAUGAAGCAGAGACUUUACUUAAAGGACGAUACCGCGUCAUCAACGUCUGGCGGCCCAUCACUGGCCCAAUACAAGACAGGCCGCUUUUCUUUGGCCCUGGAAGUUUAGUUCGCAAAGAAGAUGUUCUUUUCACCGAGAACUUCUACCCAGAUUAUGUGGGAAAGGGAGCCGGGGUCAUGCUUAAUGAGGGCCGGAAAUGGUAUUAUUGGUCAGGAAUGCAGACAGAUGAAGUGAUGUUGCUGAAAUGUUCGGACUCGCGCGAUGAUGUCCCUGAGCAGAAAUGUCCCCAUGCAUCUUUUGACGACCCAAGAACCCCAAAGGGGGCAAGGCCAAGAGAGAGCAUUGAGGUAAGAUGUUUGGUUUUUGGAUAA